UCAAAUGCGACGCGGCUUCCGUAAGAGCAAGCAGUCCGGCUCCGGGAGUCAUGGCGACCGCAGCGUCUAACCACUACAGCAUCCUCACGUCCAGCGCGUCCAUCGUGCACGCGGAGCCCGGCGGCAUGCAGCAAGCCACGGCGUACCGGGACGCACAAAGCCUGUUGCAGGGCGACUACCCGCUGCAGACCAACAGCCACGCGCUAAGCCACGCGCACCAGUGGAUCACGGCACUGUCCCACGGAGAGGCUACACCGUGGGCAGAACAGGACAUCAAGCCCACGGUGCAGGGUGCCCGAGAGGACAUGCACAACAACAGUUCCAGUGGCAACCUGCAACAUCAAACGCGCCACCUGGUGCAUCACGGGAACCAUCACGAUGCGCGCGCUUGGAGGACCACUACCGCGGCGCACAUCCCGAGUAUGGCGAGCACAAACGGUCAGAGCUUGAUCUACUCCCAGCCGGGCUUUAGUGUCAACGGGCUUUUGCCGGGCAGUGGUCAGGCCAUGUCACACCACAGCAGCCUCCGAGAUGGCCACGAAGAACACCACAGCCCGCAUCUCAGCGAGCAUUCGCACGCGCAGUCCCAACAUCAGCACCAGCACCGGCCGCAGAGCCACCACGAACACUCAGAUGAGGACACGCCGACGUCAGAUGACUUGGAACAGUUUGCCAAACAGUUCAAACAGCGCAGGAUCAAGCUUGGCUUCACGCAGGCGGACGUGGGUCUUGCACUUGGAACUCUGUACGGAAAUGUGUUUUCCCAGACCACUAUCUGCAGGUUUGAGGCCCUGCAGCUCAGCUUCAAAAACAUGUGCAAGCUCAAGCCUCUGUUGAACAAGUGGCUGGAAGAGGCGGACUCUACGUCGGGCAGCCCCACGAGCUUAGACAAAAUAGCAGCGCAAGGAAGGAAACGAAAAAAACGGACUUCGAUUGAGGUAAGCGUAAAGGGAGCUUUGGAGAGCCAUUUUCUGAAGUGCCCAAAACCAGCAGCGUCGGAAAUUAUCUCCCUGGCGGACAGUCUUCACUUGGAGAAAGAAGUAGUUCGGGUUUGGUUUUGUAACAGGAGACAGAAAGAGAAACGCAUGACGCCCCCGGGAGGAGCGCUGCCCGGGAGCGAGGAUGUGUACGGGGACACGCCGCCGCACCACGGGGUCCAGACCCCGGUCCAGUGAACGCGGACUCCAGGACUCGUCCUUUGUUUUUAUUUAUCCCUCAAGGUUAUAUGUAAACCACUGGACUAUGACUGAAAUAGUGGGUGUUUUAUGUAUAAUAGAUGCAGUAAACUACAUCUGCAGUGGGUUUCUGGUGGGGACACACGCUGUUCUCUGAGGAUACAUGCCCAGCACUGUGACUUCAGUCGACGCAGUUUCAAGGUGUUGCCCCUAUUGUGCAUUCAGACUAAACAGGGAGGGAGCGUGUGCGCCCUUAAAUUGAAGGUAUAGGUGCGUUUCUUAGCAGUUUUUACCCCCUGCACUUCAUCCUGCUCAUAUUUUGGUUGUGCGUAAAAGUGAAAAUGGCGAUUAGUUUCAUGGCGUCCAGCAGUGACGAGUGGGCGUCUGGAGGCAUAGGGGGUCGCUAAUUGACUGAAGGAGAAGUCUGUAAAGGUGUCCAGCUAAGGGACAACGGUCUGGGUCCCAUAUGCCAGUCCAGGAGCAACGAAAGAUGCUGAGGAAAG